AUGGCUACGGAACUACGUCGGUCUACAAGGUUAGCUACAAGGAAGGCUAAUGAAAAGCCAGAGUUUGAGGAGAUUCGAUUUUCUCAGAAGAAAAUUAAGACGUCGAGUGGGGUGUCGGGGGUCAAGAAGAAGAGUAAUAAUGGUGGAUCUGUAGGGGUUUUGAAGGCAGAUAGUGUACUCAAAAGCGAGAAGGUGGGCGGACCGAAGGAGUUAGAAGUAGGAGACAAUGUUCCAGAGAUUGCUCUCAAGAACCAGGAUGACAAGGAGGUUAACUUGAAGGAUGUUGCAAAAAAAAAUAAGAUUGUUCUUAUAUUUGCGUAUCCUAAGGCGAAUACACCUGGAUGCACUCGUCAGGCUUGUGGGUUCCGUGACAAUUAUGAGGAGUUGCAGAAACAUGCAGUCAUUUUCGGGAUUAGUUCAGAUUCUGUCAAGUCACAAAAGGCUUUUCAAAGUAAGCAGCAUUUGCCCUUUGAUUUACUGUCAGACCCUGACAGGGAGCUGAUUGGGAUGCUGGGUGCUAAGAAAACGGCCCAGGCAGGAGUCAUUAGAUCGCAUUGGAUUUUCUGUAAUGGAAAGUUAAAAUACAAGAGGGUGAAAGUUUCACCAGAGACUAGUAUUUCUGAGGGUCUUGAGGAAGUUCUCGGGUUAAUUAAAAAAAAGGUUUCUUCUAAAUAG